UAUAUUUUAAAAGCUUUAAGUAAGCUUUCCAUAAAGGUGCUCAUUCUGAUUAAUACAGUACUAUAAUUUAUGGUGGUUAAUAUAAUAAUGCUUGAAAGAUUGUGCAUGUUGCUCUGACCAAGGUAAAUAUUUCUAUUUCUAUUUAUUUUUUUUAUAUUAUAACUAUAGCAAUAUAGAAACAUUGAAAAUGUCUGAAAACAGGAAGUAAAAAUAGUUACAAUCAACAAUUGCACAAUAAUAAACAUACUGUUCUGAAUAAACAAAAUGUGUCAAAUUGUUUCCGGAAUGAAAAUUUAAUUAAAGUUGAGCAAUAGUUACUUUUGUCAAACACUCUUUUCACACUUUUCUUUUUUGCCGCACUUUUGUGACGGUCCCUAACGCAUCAGCGCAGGACAACAUACCCCGAAUAUACAGUAUUUCGAGAAAGGACCUCGGAGUUGCCUAUAUUCGGAGAAAAUAUUCAGCUCAUUUUGAAUCAGGACUUCGUCGUCUUGAUUAAACGAUUGUAGUUUAUUCUUCCUUUGAUGACAAAUCCAUAUCAUGUAGUGUUACAAUAAUUUGGCGUGUGGUUCGUGCGUUAUUGACCGGAAAUCCCUGAAAUGUCUGAAUAUGAAACUAACUUUAGUCUACUGCAGGCGGUAGAUCUGGUUUUAUAAGAGAAACUGAAUUUCCAGUGUAUUACUAGCAUGUUAUUAUUAUUAUUAUUUUUUUUUUUUAGCAUUUUAGUGGUCAUGAAAGUAUGCUAUUUUAUUUCCUUAUUGUUAUUGUAUGACUGAUUGGUGGUAAAUAGUGCUUCUACUUAUAGAGCUCUAUAAUAGAGCACGUCACACUUACCGCACUUAUCACUGUCCAGAUCACGUGGUGAUUCUUUUUAGCAUAUUUCCUCAUCCCUCACUCCAAUUAAUUACCCAGCUUGAUUGUACUGUACAGCCCCUUGAGCUACAACGCAUGUGACAAGUGAUCUAUAAAUGAAGUUUAUUAUUAUAAUCAUUUAUAGCAUGCCUGAUGUGUUGAUUCUGAGAACAGUCCCACAGCUGAGGUUAAAAUCCGUACAGCAAACUUUUCAUUGGCUACACGCAAAAAUGACAUCGAUACCGGCAGAUUGUCUUUCUCGGUUCUGCAGCCCUUCCAGUUCGACAACAUUUUGCCCACAUGCUAGUGAGUCAUUAAUGGCGCAUUUACGCAACAUCUGUCGAAGAGCAACUACUUCCAGCUAAGUUAGUGUUCCUCCUGUGGAGACGUGAAGAGAGCAUGCGGAUCUGACUGUAAACAUUUGUGUGUGUCUCUGUGUGUGUGAUGAUGGAUGAGGAAGCGUACAACGCGGAGUGUCCAGUCUGCUAUGAGGGGUUCGCAGACGCGGCUCGCACGCUGAGCUGCGGACACGCGUUUUGCCAUGACUGUCUGGUCGGGACUUUUGUGGGAUCAAACAGGGACGGAGUUAUCACCAGAGACACCAUCAUCUGUCCCGUGUGCAGACAUGUCACAUUCGUUACCAGACUGCAGGGACUCGGCGGAAAGAAGGAAAAACACGCGAAGAUGUUGGAGGUGCCGCUGAGGUUCUCUGGGCGCUCCACAUCUGCUCCGAGAUCCAGCGGCGGACGGUGUCGGCGGCUGGGACGCUGCUUGAGGUGGAUUUCGUCCAGAAUGAGCCGCCAGAGGCUGGUGUAUCCUAAAGACUCCUCGCAGGUGUUCAUCAUAAGCGAUCUGGGACGCCCUUUGGCUGAGGAAGACAUUAUUGAUGUUGGGCCAAGUACGGUGAUUCGUGAGAACAGCACUUAUGAUGGCUGUACACUGUGCACAACGUCACACUGCCUGCUGUUUCUUUUAAUAAUUUUCACUUUACUGGCUUUGAUAGCCGCAACACUGCCUUGGGUUUUUCUGGCAUAAGGAUCAUUGCGUUUUGGAGACCUUACUUUAUUCUCUUAUGAUGGCAUGUAUGCUAUGAGAGGUCAACGGAUGAUUACUGCACAAUCUUUAAUCAAGUAUCUGUUUAUCAAUUAUUGACAUUGGAUUAUUUUCUGACACGCUUCAAGAAAUACAGAGAUCAGAGCGGAUGUGAACUACCACCACAUUUCAUUUCACCAGCUUAUUUUGUAAUUAUUUUGUAACUCCUGGUAUACCUAACACAGGUCACAAUGGGCUGCUUUGUCACCAAAGAACUGCUGAUCCCAAGCUGAUGAAAAACCACUGAGUUGUGCUGAGUUGUACCUUGAGCUCCUCUGCUACUAAAUUAUUAAUAUGAAAAAGGAGCAAGGUGAGCAAAAGAAGACAAGCCUGGCAGGCAGGUUGUUACUUUGCAAGGGGAGAUGUUUAUUGGAUAAAGUUUCAUCUUUUUUCAAAUGUAGGGAUUCUGAGAAGGUGUAAGUGUGCCUUGGUACUGCUUGCAUGCCUUCUUUUAAGACACACCCUUGUCCUUCAAGCACUUCUUGUCACACAGGUUAGAAAAUUACAUUUCUUUUCCUUCAUGGCUUGCCAUGGACUCUUUCUAUGGUAUAUUGCUUUUUAUUUGAGAUCUCAGUAACAUUUACAAAUGCCCUUUAUAAGCAACAUAUAAUCUUUGAAAAAACAGCAUCUAU